AUAUGCAAAAAGCCAAAGCAUCCAAUUGUAUUGCAUGCAAAUAAAGCACAUGCAGUACAUGUGAUUGUUACCUGAGCGUUACACAGUCUAGUCCCUCCUCUCAGUGAAAACUGUAAGGUGUGUCAUUGGAAACUCAAACCGCUUUGUUAUUUACCUUGACAGCAGCUCUUUUCCAAGGAAUAGAAAUGAAAUAGGCGCCUCUGUGCAGGUUGUUUACUGCCCCGGUGGACUACUUUACCUGCAAUAAAUGAAAGACAAUGGAAAGAAAAGGAAACGCUUCUCAACCUCAUACAUGUAAUAAUGGCAGUGAAAGCAGGAUUGACCCCUAUGGCUUUGAGAGACGUCAUGAUUUUGAAUCCUACAAGGAGAUGAUGAAUGAGUAUGUAGUCGUCCUCAAUAGAAGGUCAAUGAGAUGGUCCAAGCUCCUUCAAGAGAAACCACAUGUGGAGAAGAACUUGACAGUGAAAAGGUAUGUGCGUAAAGGUGUGCCUAACGAGCACCGUGCCAGGAUUUGGAUGGCAGCCAGUGGCGGACAGGAACGACUAGAGAGCAACCCGGGUUAUUACCAGUCUCUGCUGGCCAAGGAGCAUGACAGCAAGUUGAAGGAAACCAUCCACACAGAUAUGCAUAGGACCUUUCCUGACAACAUCCUCUUCCAGAGCAAAGCAGAACCGAGCCUGCAGAGGGCUCUAUACAAUGUGCUGCUUGCCUACGGACAACAUAAUAAGGAAGUUGGGUACUGUCAGGGCAUGAACUUUAUUGCAGGCUACCUCAUGAUCGUCACCAAAGAUGAAGAGAACUCCUUCUGGCUCAUGGAUGCAUUAUUGGGCAGAAUGCUCCCAGACUUUUACAGUCCAGCCAUGAUGGGCCUGAAGACUGACCAGGAGGUCCUCGGGGAGCUGGUGAAGGCUAAAGCUCCUGCAGUAGGACAGCUCAUGGCCCAGUAUCCUGGCAUAUGGACACUGGUGGUGUCACGCUGGUUUAUCUGCCUCUACAUUGACAUACUCCCAAUUGAGACAGUUCUGCGGGUUUGGGAUUGUCUUUUCUACGAGGGCUCCAAAGUUCUUUUCCGUGUUGCUCUGACUCUCAUCACUCACCACCAGCCUGAGAUCCUGCGAGCUCGCUCUUUGACAGAUGUGUGCGAGUGCUUUAAACAAAUUACCUGUGGAGCUUUCACUCUGGACUGCCACACCUUCAUGCAGAAAGUCUUCACAGAACCUGGGAGCCUGUCAAUGGCAACUAUUGAUAAACUCAGAGAGAAAUGCAGACAACGAAUACUGGAGGAAGAAUCUGGACGGAAAUAAAAUUGAAAAUAAAAUUGAAUCCACCAUUUAUGCCCGUUUAAAUGGAUUUUUAAAACAAACAGCUUUAAUUCAGUGUAAAAGAAUGACACUGGAACAAAGAACUAUUACCGAAUGGACUUCUAGUGGCUUUUUGUUUUGCUUCUGUUUUAAGUUUCUAUAAAGAAUCUAGUUUUAAAACCUUGUCCUUUGCAAAUCGCCCCAUGUUCUGCACAAUAUUCCUGCUGCUGUAGAUACUGUAAGUGUGAUCCUCACAACUGAUGCUUUGUAAAAUCCUUUUUGCACUAUACUUGUAGCAGUGUGGGACUGAUGCAAUUAUUUUUGUUAUUGUGGAGAAUGAUACUUAUAGAGACUGU